UCCUCGGUGGCUUGGCAGUGCGCGCGCCCUGUUUCUCCGUGCCUCGCUCUCGCCAUGGCGGACGGCGAGCGCUCACCGUUACUCUCAGAUCUCGGCGAUGGAGCUGCCGGAAGCGGGAUCGGUGGCGUUUCUCCUGGGCCAAGUCCGUUUUCGCAACCGAGCAAACCGCAGAGUUUCCCGCCAUUUCCAAGCCCAUCUCAGCCCUCAGUGCUCUUGGGCGAAGAUCCUCCACCCUACUCACCCCUGACAUCACCCGAGAGUGGCAGUGCCCCUGUGAUCAGCUGCCGCGUGUGUCAGUCUCUAAUCAGUGUUGAGGGAAAGAUUCACCAGCAUGUGGUCAAGUGCGGUGUGUGCAACGAAGCAACACCCAUAAAGAAUGCUCCUGCUGGGAAGAAAUAUGUGCGCUGUCCCUGUAACUGUCUGCUCAUCUGCAAGGUCACGUCUCAGCGCAUCGCCUGUCCACGCCCUUACUGUAAGAGGAUCAUUAACUUGGGACCUGUACACCCAGGGCCAGCCAGUCCAGACCCACAGCCUACUGGGGCCAGAGUGUCAUGUGGCCACUGUAGCAACACCUUCUUGUGGACAGAGUUUACUGACAGGACACUGGCCCGAUGUCCCCAUUGCAGAAAAGUAUCUUCAAUUGGCCAGACAUACCCGAGAAGGCGGAGUCUAUGGUGUUUCCUUCUUUGCCUGCUCUUCAGCAUCUCGGCUGCAGGACUGAUUGCAGGGACGUGGUCUAAGGCACAAGUGUAUGGAGGGAUUUAUGCUGCUUGGGUGGCCAUGUUGCUACUGGUCGUGGUGACUCUGGCCAGAGCGCUCUACUGGACCUGCCUACGGGUCAGCCAACCCCUGCAGAACUUCACAUAAAGAAAGAAAGCGAGAAAGAAAAUUAAUGGAAUGAAACGGAAUGGUAAUAGGGAGAAAAGUAGGGGACAUGAAUGAAUGAAUGAAUGGUAAAUAGUCUAAGAAAAGUGCUGUUAAUACAGUAAGGUAUGAAAACACUAACCUGUGCAAAAGAACGAACAAUGAGAAAGAUGGUGUGCUGAGGAAAAUGGAUGAUGGAAUUGAAGGAUUAGGCUGAAAAUAGCUAUUUGUUUUAAGUAAAUAUUUAUUGAGCUGAACAUUGGAUCCAGUGGUUUUACCGAUGACUGUGCGCGAACCUACUGAUACCACACUGACACCAAAUUCCAGUUUUCCUGAAUAUUUUAAUUUUGCACGUAACACAUAAUCAUAGGAAAGACUCUGAGGCUGUGUCAUGAAUGGUGCUAGGAAACUAGCAGGUUGUUUGGCACAGUUGAGACUCUAGCUGACGGACACACACCCUCACACACUUCUAGUCCAUGGACUGUGGUUGACAGCAUAACUGGAAAAUUUGCCUCAACAAAAGAGCAAUGAGCAAGAGUGUCGAUUAGAAUUUAGUCUUGACUGAUUAGUUGUGCGUUGCUUUGCAGUCGUAUUAGAAUAAGUGCAUUUGUGAAUGCUGUUAAUAUCGGUGCAUCUGCAGUCCAAAGCAUCAAGACGUCUGAGAGAAAGAUUGAAAGAGAGAGAGAGACAGACAGUGACAGACCGCUGUCUGUCCUCCACAACGGGGCCCUGCUCCAACACCGCCCAUCCAUAUCCAUCUCCUCUCUCAGGCUAUAUGACCUCAUAAAUGCUUACUUGCUCCUAAUCUGUGAUUAUACAUAGGCAAAACAAAUUAUAUGGCAAAAUGAAAUUAGCUAGCAGUAAUCCAAAACAUAAAAAUCAUUAUAUUAAAAAAAUUUUGGGACUCAAUAAAUUCUUUAAAUCAGUAAUUGCAAAUUCAGAGCAAAAGUCCUGCGAUGCUUUUUAAUUUGUAUUCACAUGCUUACCAGACAUGGUACAAAAAUUCAGUCAUUAAUUUUUUUUUUUCUUUGUUGCACUUUUACUUCAGAUCUAUGUAAAUCAAUUAACUGCAUAGUAUAUUCAGUGAGCAUGACUGUCAUACUGCUAAUAAAUUACAUAUAAGAAUUGCACACAUGCACAUACAGAACUUUGUCACCAACAUACUAAAUCCCAUAAGGGGGAGCUAUAGUAACAGUGAUUUAGUUUUGUUUGUAUUUUUUCCACAUGGUACAAACCUCUACGUGCAGGGGGGAAAAACUUAUUUUAUGAUUCUGACAUAUCUAUACACCUGGAUGAAUAGUCGCACAUUCCCAGAUAAUUCUUUUCCGAAGAGAGAAUUUUGUAUUUUUUUUUUUUUUUUACCUUCAGGGUGAAUAUUUGUUAUUAUUUUGACAAUAACUACACCAUUGCACUAAAAGGAUCCAACAGUUUCUUGAAAACUCCUUUUUUUUAAAUUAGUGAAUUAGAUCCAUGUACUAAUCAUGUGAAGAAUUAUUGUAAUCUAAUUAACUCUCUCUGCCUGACUGGGACUACUGAGCUGAAAGGUCUGUCUCUUAUGAUCUGAAGGAUGAUGUAGAAGUCACCAUUACAUGAGUAAUGUCAUAAACUUGAAUAUGCUACAGCUGUGGUCUUAUGAAAUGUGCUAAUCACAUGUUUGUUUGUUUUUUUGUUUUUUUUUUGUAUUUAACUUCUGUGUGUUAAAGCUCAGUUUAGGACUUUUAGGUGCCUCUUAUUUAUUUCAAUGUAAAGAUCAUGUGCAGAAUGUUUUGCUGUUCAGUAAUAUCCCCUUGGCUCAAUGCACCAUGAGUGCCUAAAUAUGGAUAAUUUUAAAAUAUUUUGUGGAUGUAGGCCAAAUUUUCCCUCUCUAUAUUUUCACUCUCAAGUUUACCAAGUAAAAGAACAUGUUUAAAUUGUUCUUUAUGUACAGUUUUGUAAGGGGAAAACUGGGACUGACCUGAUUUUAAAGAUUCAGGCAGAUACUAAAUCCUUUGUUGCCUGGUAUAUGUAUGAAGCCCAAAAGUACAUAGCUGUGGAUUUGCUCUAAUUGGUGCAUAGAUGUCUCCUGUGAAAACAUGGUAACCAAAGUUAGCAUUCAGUCUCUUCAACAAAUGAUUGUUGAAUACUUAAUUAAGGGCAUGUAUGAAAAAAAUAUUAAUGGUGUCCCGGACAGAGAAAGUGUUGCAAGACUUGGUUCUGGGUUUAUGCUGCUAAAAUGCAUAUUACUUUGUGAUUAGUUGUGAUUUUUUUUUUUUUUUUACAAUGAUUAAAAAAUAUAUAAUGUUAACAUUGUCUUGUUUUGAUAUUAAUAAUGUCACUAAACUUUUAUUUGGCUUCAUGCCUCAUGGCUGAUCAUAUGAAAUGUCUCAAAGUUUUAUCCCUCAAUCUGGGUAAAGAGGCACCUUGUGUCCUAAACUGAAUGCUUUAAGGUUAUAAGUACUGAUACUGUUUUUAUUUAUGCCAGGAGCAUUGAGACCAGAAUGAGGCUUUUCUCUGAGUUUAGUUGCAAAUGAUAAGUUUGUUACAAGGCAUGAAGACAAUUAAUGAAAACAAUAUAUAAAAAUAAGAAAACAGUAAUUUUGGUCACUGUGCU